CAGUGUACCGUAGACAGGCGGUUUAGCAGGAACGACGAACACGUCAAAGCAGGCGACGCCGCGUGCACACGAGGAACCGACGGGCGAGUCGCGAAUACGCAAAGUCACAACACAGAGAGAGAGAGCGGAGAAGGGAGUAGGACGACGGGAACAAAACAGAGCGCGAGUGUUUGUAGUGGUGCCAGCUAGUGUGUCCUUCGCGGUGACACGUCAGGACGAGCGCGUCCGGAGGACCGGGGGUUGGUGUUGGUUGUUAUUGUUUUUUCAUCGUGUGUCGGGGAGUCGUGUAUGUCACCCCGAAGACGACACGAGCGGGGUGUGUGUGUGUGAGAGUGUGCGGUGAGAGAGAGAGCGAGUCGCCAGAGACGCAGACACCGAAAAUAUCGGGAGCAGCGCGCGCGAACGUGUUGUGUCGUGCUCUCGUCACAUCAAUGAUGUGAUGUCCUCCGUGUGGAAGGCAGCCAGAGCUCGUCAAAGUCCGAAGAGCGGUUCGCAGCAUCAGUCAAAGCCGCCGCGCGCGUGGUGAAAGGACGAAGGACAAAAGCAUCCGCCAGCAGUACGGCGCCAAACCGUGACAAGUGUGGAGGUGUGCACCCGAGCGGCAUUGGUGUGUAGGUGAAGAAGAACACACCAGCAAGAGCAGUAACGGAAGCAGAAGCAGCAACAACAACUAGAGCACGGCGAGAUGUACACAGAGUGACAUCUCUUGCCAGGAACUGGCACCACAGCGAACUUACGCACAGAAGAACCUGACCACCAGUCGGAAGAGAGACGCUACCGUAUCGUGUCGGAACAAUAUCCGCGCGCGUAUCAGUAUCCGAGCGGUGCGCUCCAGAGCGUGUUGUGCAGAACAUCAGAGGAAGAAAUGUAAGGGCAUGUGCUAACGCAAAUCUCAACCCAACAAAAAAAAAGAUACGAAUUGGUGCAAAACAACCAAGAAGACCAUGCGUCCGGAAGCAAGUGGUGUUACACACAGUGAUAGUGGUGCAAAGUGAGCGAGUAUACGAGCAACCGCGGAAGAAAUUCCCCGAAAAAUAGAAGAAGAAAUUCCCAACACGUCAGCGAAGAAUGUGCUAAAUCACACCGGAAUCCACCGGUGAACCCUGAGAAGAGUGUGGUGUGCAGGCGGAAGAGAUCUGUUAAUUAGAGAGUUGUGUUGAUUUGUUGUAGCUCUGGUACACGGUGGCCGGUCCGGCCGAAGAAAACGUUUCAAAAAUUGAGAACCAAAAUCUCCCAUCAAUGAUGCUCCACGAGGCAGUAAUGUUGGAAAUCUACCGUCAGGCACUUCACGCUAGUGAAAUGGCCAGCCCUAGAUGCCAAUCGAGGGAGUCAUCCGGUGGCGGUCGCUGCCCCUCGGACGAAUCGAUCCGGUCCGAGGCGGAGCGGGACGGGCAAAACUCGGGCCCCAACAUGAGCCCGGUGUCGAUCACGUUACCGCCCACGCUUCCACCAGGUGCCGCUGCCGCCCUCCUGCCUCAGCAUUCGGCUGCCAUGGCCGCCUAUCUGAACGUGGCAGCCGUUGCGGCCCAGCAGAACCGACUGCUGCUGGGUUCACCGCUGGCUGGUCUAGCGGCCGCCCGUAACGGGUCCCCGCCGAUUCUACCUCCGCUGGCGUCCCCGACGGACGAGAGUGACGAUGCGGCGCUAGAUUUCAGCAAGAAACGCUCCGACAGUGGUGGUGACGACGACGCUGCCAGUGACGACGGCGAAGACGAUCGAGACGCGGUCAAUCUGAGCGCCAAAUCCGGCGAAAACAGCCCACUCGAUUUGUCCUGUAGCACGCGGAAGCGAACCGGUGAUGACUCGAACUCACCUCCGCCACGGAAAGCGUCCCGCCCACUCGACUACAAGCAACAGAUCGUUACGCCCUGGAGUUCACCCGUUACGCCCCAGCUGCCGUACUUUGCCGCGGCCGUCGCAGCCGCCGGUCUUUCGCCCAAAAACAAUCACACCGAUUGGAACGGCAAGCACAAGGGGGGAAUCUCCAAUGAAGCCGCGAAAGCCUUAGAGAAGAUGACCGAAAUGAGCCGUCUCGGAGGGGAAGAAAUCUACCGACCUUCGUCCAACAAUAACAAUUCCGGAGGUGGUGGAGCUACCGCUGGCGGUGGCCGUCACAGCGCCUGGCAAUCACACUGGCUCAACAAGGGAGCCGACUCCGCCAAGGACGUCCUCAAAUGUGUCUGGUGCAAGCAGAGCUUCCCAUCGCUAGCCGCCAUGACCACCCACAUGAAGGAAACCAAACACUGCGGUGUGAACGUCCCACCCGGCACCGGAAUGCCCCAGCAACCGAUCCAGCAGCAGCAACCACCGAAUUCGUCCGCGUCCAACACUGGCCACAGUGCUUCCAACAAACCAUCACCCAGUGAACUGAACCUGCUGAUCAAGGAAACGAUGCCCCUUCCGCGAAAACUCGUCCGUGGUCAGGACGUGUGGCUCGGAAAGGGCGCCGAACAAACGCGUCAAAUCCUCAAGUGCAUGUGGUGCGGUCAGAGCUUCCGUACGCUCGCCGAAAUGACGUCGCACAUGCAGCAAACUCAGCACUACACCAACAUCAUCUCCCAGGAACAGAUCAUAUCGUGGAAGUCGACGGACGGCGAAAAGCCGGGCAGUGGCCCUCCAGGCCCCAGCGGAAACGCCACGACUCCUUCCGGUUCCACCAGUGCCCCCGCAAACGCCCAAGCCAACAGCCACGUCAGUGCCGUGCUAACGUGCAAAGUUUGUGACCAGGCGUUCACCUCCCUCAAAGAGCUCAGCAAUCACAUGGUGAAGAACGCCCACUACAAGGAGCACAUCAUGCGAUCGAUCACCGAAAGUGGUGGCCGAAGACGGCAAACGCGGGAGAAGCGGAAGAAAUCCCUACCGGUGAGGAAGCUGCUGGAGAUGGAACGUGCCCAGCACGACUUCAAAAACGGCGAAACUCCUCCACCGAACGCCGGAAACAAACCGAUCCGGGACCUCGGCGCCGGUAAGAUCACGUGCGAGAAGUGUAACGAGAAAAUCGAAACCACCAUGUUUGUGGAUCAUAUCAGGCAGUGCAUCGGCGGAACGGCCAUCCUGCAGGCUCAGCAGCAGCGCGAAAAACUCAAGAAUGCCCUCCUCUCCAACACGAUCAUCCCACCCGACUCGAUCAGUCCAGUAACGCCCACCAGCCGGGACGGGCGGAAAUCGGUCGGCGAUGAUCUGUCAUCGCCACUGUCUCUGCAAAAGUCACCCAUGCCAGCGGAUCUGUCCUCCCCAGCUUCGACCAAGAAGGACGGCAGCGGUGGUGGUGGCGGCGGCGAGAAGAGUUCCUCUCCAUCAGUACUGAACGCCAUCGAGCAAUUAAUCGAGAAGAGCUUCGACACUCGCUCGCGCCACCCCAGCACGAACUUUGGCAACGCAAACCAGGCCGCAACUCCGCUGGGCUCCAGCAUCCUGAAGCGGCUGGGCAUCGACGAGAGCGUAGACUACACCAAACCGCUGGUGGAUCCCCAGACGAUGAAUCUGCUGCGAAGUUACCACCAGCAGCAGUACGUGGCGCAGUUUGGCCGGCGGGAACGAAGCGGAAGUGAGUCGAGCUCGAUCUCCGAGCGAGGAUCGAGCCGGGUUGACUCGCUCACGCCGGAGAAGAAGUUUGACACGCCGAGCCACUCGACGCCGCGGGGAACUCCCGAGAAGCAGUACAUGGACGAUCACAUGAACAGUGGCGAACAGCAGCAGCAACAGCAGGUCAACAUUAAGCGUGAGAUGAACAGUGACGAUGAGGACGAGGACGACAAGCACGAACCACCGAAAAUUAAAAUCAAGCGGGAGAUGGACGAGGACGAGGAGGAUGGGUCGAUGCGACCGCCGAGCAAAUCCCACGAGGACGACACGGAGAGGGAGUUGAAACGUCGCAGCAGUGUGGCGUCUAGUCCGGCGCCGAGUCCACGACUUUCGACGGCCAGCGUGCCGUUGAGCCCGGCGGCAAGUCCAAUCAGCGAUCAUCAUUCCAUUACCUCGAGAUCGACACCGGGGGCGGCGGCUCCAGCAGCCGAGGGUAGCUCCAAGAAGUCCGUGAGUAGCAGUCUGGGUGCGUUGUCGUCGAUGUUCGACAGCUUGACGGGCUCGGGCAAUGCGGGUAACGCCGAAUCCAGUGGAACGGGCAAGAAGUCAAGCGCCCACCCGCUGGCGGCGCUGCAGAAACUUUGUGAUAAAACGGAAAACACUCCGGGUGCGGGUCGGGGCGGUUCCAGCAGUGCACUGCUCUCGGCCACCCCGAACGCGCAGUCCAGCCGGACGGCUCCCGGGGCGAUUCUGGCCUUCAGUUGGGCCUGCAACGACGCCGUCGUGUCGGACGAAUCGGUCAUCAAGUGCGCUUACUGCGACACCACGUUCACCUCGAAGGGCGCCUACCGGCACCACCUGUCCAAGGCCCACUUUGUCAACGAUGACGUCAUACCGGACCCGAAGGGAGGUCACAAGCCGGGGUCACCGCACUCGCCCAAGUCGACCGGGGGUCGCGACAGUGUGAGCCGCGGCGACGGAGGUGGCACUCCGAUUCCACCACCGCAAGGUGGCAGUUCCGGCGGAAACGGUUCGGCGCGAAGCCCUGCACCGCCGCAAUCACCGGCGGGCGCUGGCGGCGCGUUCGACGAGAGUCCCCACUCCAAGUUUCUCAAGUACACCGAACUGGCCAAGCAAUUGUCCUCCAAGUACGUCUGACAUUCCUAAGCUAGCCGCCAGUCCCACCACCAGCACCACCCACGGUAGGUUCCGUACGAUUCCGUUGUUGAUCUAAUGUAAAUAACCGCGCACAGAUGAUGGACAGCUCGCGAGAGCGAGCGAACGAGCAAGCAAACUGUAACGACGCCAGCGAGAGAGGGAGAGAGAGAGGUAGCAAACCAGGGAACAACAAGAAGAGAGCGAAAACGAGAGGCAGUAAAUAACGUAUUUAUGUGUGUAUCCAUUUCUGUUUAUGGGUGCGUUCAAUAACCACUUGAAGGAAUGCUGCACUGCUGCUGCGGAAAGAGAGAAGCAAAGCAAAGCACACCGGAGAGUGGUUGGCGGACGGACCGAUCAACAGCACACAGAAGCGGCGGCAAUGCCGACGGGAGCAGGUUUUUUUUCUUGCUCGCCUGCUUCGAUUCUUUCUUCCUUCAAAGUGAGUGUGGCGGUGGCUGCGGCCACUUCUAACGCAGUGUUGGUGAAUCUCUUUUUUCCGCUUCUUUUAAAUCACUCGCUUUAAUGACUUUUAUGUACACACUCAGACACAUCGCAGUAGGCGAGUUUUGCGCGCGCUCGCACAAACACAGGCGAAGCCUUCUUAGAACAAACACAGGCGUGCAGAAGUGGGAUAUGAAGUAGAGUAGAGCAAAACGGCGGUGAUGGCCUGUGUGUGUGUGUGCCGUCUGUAAAGUUGAAGUGCAGCUUUUUUUCUGCUUCUUCUCUUGUAGAAGGAGGAACGGGAGAAGAAAUCAAUCAAGAGAAUAAAGCCAGCGUCAGCGGAAAAUAAAGGCCGUGCCGGGCUUGACGAAGGGAAUGGAAAAAGGGGUUGAGCGAGCCAUCAAAAGGCCGUUUUGCGGGCAAAAACAAAAUGGAGUUUGCUCGGGGAAGGUUAUUUGCGAUUUCUGUAGAUAUUUUUUUUUGCUGUCUUAAACUGUUGUUCCAUGAGUUGUGUCCUCUCUCUCUCUCUCUUUCUGUAAGUACGCUCAAUAGCGAUGACUUGGCUGAUUUGCAAGCAACAUGUGAUUCCACAUAUCCUGAUAAUGAGAAGAAGAAACAACCGGGAGGAAAUAAAAACUUGUGUAAAUUUUGUGACAUAGCUUUCGCAUUGGAAAGACACUUUCAUCUAAGUCAAUCACGGAGAAAAUACCACAAUUUUGGCGCUUUAUUGAAAAUGAAAACAUGUGAACAUCUGCAACUUUAGUAUACAAAAAAACGGAGAAAAACGCAUAAAAUGUAACUUUAUUUCGAAAUUAUAAACAAGCAAAAAGUAAAGAAAAUAUUAAAUACGUUGUACAGAGACGCCAUUUUGAAUGAGUUCUUUAAACGGAUCGAAAAUUCAUUGCAUGAAAAAGUAAUCAAGCUAUACGAGUCAUAAUGAGCGAAAAGUAAAAACAUACAACAAAUAAA